AUGGCCUUGACCUUUGCUUUACUGGUGGCCCUGGUGGUGCUCAGCUGCAAGUCAAGCUGCUCUCUGGGCUGUGAUCUACCUCAAACCCACAGCCUGGGUAACAGGAGGACCUUGAUGCUCCUGGCACAAAUGAGGAGAAUCUCUCUUUUCUUCUGCCUGAAGGACAGACAUGACUUUGAAUUUCCCCAGGAGGAGUUUGGCAACCAGUUCCAAAAGGCUCAAACCAUCCCUGUCCUCCAUGAGAUGAUCCAGCAGACCUUCAAUCUCUUCAGCACAAAGGACUCAUCUGCUGCUUGGGAUGAGACCCUCCUAAACAAAUUCUACACUGAACUCUACCAGCAGCUGAAUGACCUGGAAGCCUGUGUGAUGCAGGAGAUGGGGGUGACAGAGACUCCCCUGAUGAACAAGAACUCCAUCCUGGCCGUGAGGAAAUACUUCCAAAGAAUCACUCUCUAUCUGAAAGAGAAGAAAUACAGUCUUUGUGCCUGGGAGGUUGUCAGAGCAGAAAUUAUGAGAUCUUUUUCUUUGUCAACAAACUUGCAAGAAAGUUUAAGAAGUAAGGAAUGA